AUGGCUGGUGGCUGGUGGUUCUCCGUCUGGCAGGUGUACUUCGGGAAUCAGCGACCAAAGCUCUUUUGGGGCGGCAUCCAGGAGAUACGUGUGCAGCAUGUCGAGAAACUUUUGAAUUUCCAUGACGAAAGUAUGCUUGAGCGGACCUGCGUGCAGGUCUCGUCUCAAAGCGUACCCCUCUGCCAGGCUGAUGUGCUGGCGGCUGCCGGGCGGGUAGAUCUCCGUGGGCUGUAUGAGCGGCUGGCAAACAUUGUGGAUCUUCGGGGCCGGCGACGAUUGUCUCAAAGCACCGACCGGCUGGUCCGGGAGCUGGUCACCCUCAGCCAUGCGGCACUCGGCGCGUGUACGGCACUCACGAAGCUGAUGGUGGGGGACACUGGCUUCCGGGGGGGCAGCGACCGCGAGCUGGACUCGUACAUCCGUCGGGAGGUGGACAACCUGGUGUCCCUGCUGGACCAGGCCACUCAGCGCUACGAGGCCACCCCGCUGAUGAUGAUGGCGGUGCUGGUGGAGGGCGGCUUCGCGGGAAUCAUCGCUGCCAUGCUGCAGCUGUCCGUGCCGGCGGCAGCGGUGAGCAGGCGUAUGGCGGCGGUGGUGGUGGUGGUUUCGGAGGCCUGUCGCAAAGGGGGCACUGACGUGGGCUGUGGCGGGGCAAGCUUUACCUUUAUCCGGAUGCAUCUUGGCGGCCCGGGCGCGGAAGGCGCGGCGGAGGGUAGCCGUGUCGGCAUCGCAGACCACACCCAGAAGGCAGCACGGGCAGGGGGGGGCGCUGCCACUGCCGCCGCCGCCAUUGCCGUACGACAUGUGCCGUUGGCGGCGUUCGCACGAAAACGAAGCAUCAUAGGCCAGUUCGUGAGCGUGUUAGGUUGUUUGACCGCCCUGCUGCCCUCAUGUCGGGCAGUGUUGGAGGCGGGAGACACUUCCGUACGCGGCGGAGCGGCGAAGUCGUACCAGUCGUACCAAUCGUGCCAGGAGUAUCUACGGGGCUUUGCGGAGUCCUUGGGGUCCGGGGGUGGUGAGGUUCUGGAGCGGCAACGCAAGAUGGCGACAAGGGUGGUGGAGACACAGCAUUUGCUGCUGGUGUGUAGGGGGGAGACUGCGGCCAACUCAAACGGCGACAACGUCACGACCAGGGAAAGAAGAGGCAGCUUGUACGACGGCGUGUACGGAGUCGAUGAUGGAAUGUACGGCAGCGAGCCUGCGUCAGCCGCGACGCCAGUGUACUCGGCGGCCUACCACGCCGGCAGCGGCGGCUUCACCGCCCCCGCGCCUGUGCCGCCGUCUGCCGACAAUCUGUACGGCAUCUCGGCUGGGGGUGUAAGUUCCGCCGCCCCUAUCGGCGACGGCGUCAGCCAGGCCGUACAGGACGGCGUGGCAGCCUUCCGUCAGCAGCGGGAGCUUCAGCGCCUGAUGCAGGCCUCCGCCGGCGCAGCGUCGUACGGGCGCAGUGGGCUGGCGCACCAAAGCCAGCCCGAGGGCCUUACGUCGCCGCACAACCCGUUCGUGACGUCAACCAUGUCGUACCCCUGGCAGACGCAGACAUCGGACCAGCAACACCAGCAGCAAAAACCAAGACUGGUGUCGUACCCGUACGACAAUAUGACGUCGGCGGCAGGAUCUGCCGUCAGCGGCACUUCGGCGGACGCUGCAGCGUCGGUCCGCUCGCAGCGUGUGUACAGCGUCCCUACCACACCACAACGGCCCUCUUCCACGUCACCCGCCGCCACCGCCGCCGCCGCCACCGCCGAGGCGGCCGCCAGCCAGGUUUACAACGGCCCGCAGCCCCGGCUUCAGGCCUGGACCGAGACGUCGCCCUGGCAGCAGCAGCCGUCACCGCAGGGCCCGGGGCCCGGGCGGCAGCUUCUCCACCAGUAUCAACAGACGUCAGCCAGGGCCGGAGACAUGAGGCCACCGUCGGAGCCACGGCGGUACAUGGAGCCUGUGGCGGCGAGUGCGGCGACAUCUCGCUUUGGGCCUCAUGAGAUGGACGGCAGCGCCGCCGCCGCCGCGACGUACGGCAGUACCACGACGGCUUCGACUUGGGCAGUGGCGACGACGUCAGCAACGGCACCUUGGAACGUUGCCGCCGCCUCCGCCGCCGCUGCCGUUGGGGUUGGUGGUGUUGGUGUUGGUGGUGGCCUUAGAGUUGCGACGGCUUGGUCGGCCGUGCCGGGAGAGGUGGUCAGGUCGCAGCUACUGCAGCCACCUCAGCAGAUGCUCGUCAUGACACACACGGGUACGCCUACGGACGUGCGCCAUACGCCACUCAUGUACCACGUUGCGCUUUCGCCGCAGGACCGCGUCGGGAUCGCUGCGGCGGCGGCCGCGACCGCCGCCGUUACCCCGGGCCCGAAAUCGGCAACGAAGACGGCGGCAGCGACCCAUGGGUCCGCCGCGUCCCCCGCCUCCAAGCAGCACCUGCAGCUGCGAUCCCGCAGCCCUGGGGGCAGUAGCAGCGGCGACAGCCGCAGUAGCAGUGUCGAGCGCAGCCGCAGCCGCAGCUACAGCCGCCACCACGGCCACGACGACCGCGGUGGCGCCGGGGCCGGGGCCGGGGGCGGUGGCGGGGGCAGUGGAAGCACUCUCCGGUCUCUCGCCGCGGAGUCGGGACUCAUUCCCGGUCUCUCCAGCUCGCAGUGGUACGGCAGCGGCGGCGCCACCGCCGCUGGCACCAGCCUGGCAGGCAGAACUGCCACAGUGCCGGUUACCGGCAGUGGCAACACUGCUCAUCAGCGCGGCACUGGCCCGGGUGCGGCGGCCACGGCGACUAAAGCCGCCGGCACCGCAGCCGCAGCGACAUCCUCGCCUCGCGAGCUGCCGCGGCACAGCAGCAGCAGCAGCAGCACCAGCGGCGUUGCGGCGGCGCUACGGCCCCCCGGCUCCCCGUAUCGUAGUCCAAAUGACUACCCAGCGGCGCAGGCAGUAUCGUACCGUAUACCGUUAACCUCACCCUCGCCGCCGGCUAGUUCUCAAGCCUACCCAUCCUCGCCGUCGUCUGCCUUGAAAUCUCUCCGGCGGUCCGGCGGCGGUGCAGCCGCGGCGGCGGCGGGUGCCGAGGUUCUGCGCCCCGCCGCCGCCGCCGCCACCGCCGCCGCCGCCGCCGGCGACUCCGGUUCUCCGGCGGCAAUGGGCACCCUUCACGGCCGGCGGCGUAUGUCCCCGCACUCGCGCAACGUCGAAUCCUCCUCGUCAUCUUCCUCAUCAGGUGCCGUCGUAUACGAGGAUGAUGACGAGGAGUUGCAGUUGGAGCACCUGGUGGGGCGCUACGUGAGGAAGCUGGAGGCGCUGCAAGACGUGGGUGGGGUCCCGCAGGGCGGGGGGGACGAAGGUGCGGGAGGUGGCCGCUCGCGCAGUCGGGCGGCCACCCCCGAGCGGGGAGGCCGCAGCGACAGCGGCGGCGGUGGCGGUGGCGGUGGCGGCGGCGGCAGGAGUGUUGACCAGGUGGCGCUGCGUGGCGGCAAGCGGCUGCUGCGGCUGCUCCGUACGGCCUGGUUCAAGGCGCCCGACGCCCCGGAGCCCUCCGACGUGACCUCCCUGGAGCGGCUCUUCAACUCGAGCGCCGCCAGCUCCGAAGUUAUUCGGUUCGCCAGGAGCCUCACGGUCUAUGAGCUGGUGUCGGAUGAGGCCUUCUACGCGCCGUUCAUCCCGGGCUGCGGCAUGGACUACUCGGGAAUGAGUCUUCAAUGGAUCUGUUCUCAUCACGUGCUGCCCAUGGGGGUGGAGGUGGAGCAGCUGCAGAUCAUAGCGCUGUGUCGGGCACUGGGCAUCACUCUGGGGGUGCUGGAUGUCGCGGGAAGUCAGGUCGGCGCCAUCAAGCACGGACCCACGGGUCACCUGGGUCCGCCGGUGGCCUGGGUGGCCCACUUGCCCGGGCAUUACGAUGUGGUGUACCCGGCCAAGCAACUUGAUGUGGCUCCAGGGGGGGCGCUGGUGCCUGUGCUGCUGCCGGAGGGGUUUUGA